AUGCUUAAAAUAGACAACACCGUUGUUGCUGCCAUGGUUCGACACGGUCUGCUGCCUUGUGCCCCUUACACCCCCAGGGUUGUCAUCACCAUCAAAACUAUGGAAACUUUUCAUCUGUGCCAUCUCCAAUGCCCUCAGUUUUCUGUCCAAGCCUUCGUUCGAGCUCUAUGUGACUUGCAUCAAUCUCCGUGCCAUUCCCAUCUUCAGGAGCAGUUUCGGAUAUGUUAUGAUGUCUAUAUCGAAAUUCUCUGCCAGGUAGAUCAGCGUGUUAUGAAUGCUCUCUCCCGAGAUGAACCUGACUGGCGGCUUCGGAACUGCUAUCCUGCAUGUACAUUCACGGUGAAGGACGAACCUGCACUGGAGUUCAAAAUGCUCCUCGCAAUUGACGGGAAUAACUUGCUGCGACGACUGAGCGAGAACUCAACAGAGUCUGCCAGCGAAGAGAUGGGCGAUAGCUUCGCGAUGAAUCAUACUGAACCGGCUCGUCGAGCAAGGAUUGACUUGCGAGAGGUGUCAGGGUGGGGAAAUUAUUAUGUCUCCCGAGCACAUGUGGAAGAGUUCUCGAAGGAGGCAAUUGGUGAAAUACUCACAACCGAUACUGACCCCGAAAAUCCGAUGGAGCCCAGCCCAUGCACGGAAAGAUGGGCAAAUAUGGUAAACGAUUUGACUUCAAGGAUGUGGGGCAUAUACGAUGAGACAGGGAUCUUCCUCUCUGUUUGUCGACACGGUUUUGUUCUGCUGGUAGCAGAUAUGAUUAAAAGUGGAGAGCUAGCAAAAUAUCCACUGGCUAUCAUUGAUAAGCUUAUUGAUGUUCUUGGGGACAAACUCGGUGUAGGCUACGAUGUUGGAUGCAAAUUCGGGACUACUAUCAACAGAUCGCCUAUAGGGCCAAAAGCAAGGCUUCAUCAUUAUCGCUCUUUGGUUGGACUGUUUCAUGGUCAUGCUCAUAACCGCCGUUGUCAGCUGUGCAAUCUUGGAACAUACAUUCUCGGUAUGGGACUGGAGGACCUGGAAACCUGCGAGCGUUGGUUUUCUAAAAGCAACUCUUUAGCGUCUUCAACACGGCAUAUGUCGGCAUAUCAUCGGCGGCUUGCUAUCAUCAUGUAUAUGCACCACGUUGAUAGGAAUGAUGCUUACGAGAAUCUCAGUAAAUUCCUAUGCAGCAAUUAUAAGCAAGCUCUGAAAAUAAUCAAGGAGAUUCCAGCUCUUGUCCAGACUAUGGAUGUCCUUGGAAUCGAAUCACAGUCCGAGUUCGAUAAAUGGCUACAGGAGGAGAAAGAAUACUUGAACGGUCUUACUAAGGAGCCAGAGUUUGAGACUUGCGCUAUGGAGUACUACUCUCAGCUUGUCGAGUUCUACAUGCUUGAGGCAAAACUGGCUAAAACCAGGGUCGAACAUAGUGACAUCAUCACACCGGAAACAUUCACCCAGUCAAGAGACAAAACUAGUAGAAAGGAAACAGCUCGAAGGCAUUUAAUAGAGAAGACACGCAAGCAGCUACAAAAUGUCCAGCACAUGGAAUUACUCCUUAACAUUGGUGGCGAGCAUGAACGCUGGGCUCCCGGUAUGGCAGCAUGGGAGUCGGCACAGACUCUGGUACGAACAAGAGAUUAUCGACGGUGCCUGAAUAAUUUGGAGGCCCUUGUUGUUUCCCGGAUAUUUGAACUUACGAAGAUGAAUAUGUCUAAAACUGGUAAGUCAUACCUGAUAUUACGCUCGAAAACUAUUCAGGUGGCAUUGACCAAAUACAAUGCCGCUGCUAAGGCGAUGAGCCCACCACGACCACCACUGCAGUGGGAUCAGGUUGUGGAAUAUGCAUUUUUAGCCAACUUCGACUUACUCAGAAAUGCCCGGGAGGAUAUAAUCAAGAAACCAUGGGCAAAUCCCAAUGGACGGGCCGCAAUGGAUGGGUAUUUCAAGUUACAGCGAGCGUAUGAGGAGAUUGACCGCCUUAACGUUGAGAUCAAGCGUGUCGUAACCUUCAUCCGCCACGAGGAUAUCUACUUAUGUCAGCGGGAGCAAGAAUUAUCAUCGACGGAUCCAAUGCUUGCUUUCCAAAUUGCUCGGUACCGACAACAGUGGAGUCGCUUUGAUGAUUUGCAUAUGAAACGGUUUUCAGCUUUAUCUGGAGAGCCCGGAUUCACUGGAAGUAUAGUACCCGGAGAACUUUCAGAACCUCGCUCAGGAUUUGGCAAUGGCAUAGGUUUUAAUGACAAGAGUGACAAGAGUAUCCAUAGAAACAAAGAAUCUGUGGAUGAGGGUGAGUCUGAGAAUGAUGAUGGGAGCGAAGUUGAUGAGGAAGCUAUACAGAUAUAUACUGCUAUUGGUGAAUAG